AUGGGGUUCCUAUUUCUGAUUACCUGGCUGAUAUCUCUGUAUUUGUCAAGGGCGAUGGGCCAUGAGAUAGAAAUCAAUGCCCCAGCACGUCUGCCUGUCAGAGCUUCUAAGCCCGUGGAGCAUGCAUUUGCGUCGUUCUCAUUUCCGAUUCACUUCUUCGCGGAUUAUGCUGGCAACAAAAGUCAACCCAAUCAGUUUUCACAGGACAUUAUCAAGCUUCUGCACCAGAAGACCGGAGAGUGGCCGUAUAUCAGAGUAGGAGGGACUUCUGCCGAUCGCACCGUGUAUAAUGCUUCCCAAACUCAAGCUAUAAUCCUUUCAUCUGUUUCAGAUAAUGGCAUUCCUCUUGAAGUUACGGUAGGCCCUGUGUUAUUUGAAGGCUUUGAGAAUUUCUAUGAAACGCCUUGGACUUUUCAAGUCAACCUUGCAAACAACAAAAGUGGUGCUUUAGAAAAUGCCGUUGCGGAGGCAGAGGUGGCUCUAAGUCACAUAAAAGGCAACCUAGUUGCUUUUGAGAUCGGCAACGAGCCCGACCUCUACGCGGGAGCCGUAAGGCCGUUGAAUUACACGGUCGCGGACUAUGUUGAAGAGUGGAAUCAUUUUGCUGAUGCUAUCUCUGAAAAAGUGUUGCGUGGAAACUCGUACGGUCUGGACUCUGAGAAGCUAUUCCAGGCUCUGACUUUCGUUUCUACAAUGAACAAUUUCACAACAUACAAUGCCUUUAAAGAUGGAAUUGACUCGCAUGGGCAUGUCAAGACUGUUUCAUUGCAUCAGUACGCUGUGGGCAACCAGCCCUCAGGCUCAUUCAUGAAUCAUACGGCAAUCGUUGCAAACUUGAGCCAAUAUAUCGAGGACAUGAAUAUUAUUCGAGCCAACAAUCCAUCAAUUCAAUUUCUCCUCGGUGAGACUAAUAGCGACUACGUCAACUUGGGCAUGAGUCAAGACGAGGGAGUUUUUGGAAGUUCCCUAUGGCUUGUGGAUUUCCUGCUCUAUGGGAUGAGCCUGAACAUUACACGCUUCAAUAUUAUUCAAGGAACUACAUUCGGGUAUACCGCUUGGGUUCCCAUUGAAUUCAAUAGACAGUCCCCUCAAGUGAGGCCUCCACUUUACGGUCAAUUGCUCGCUGCCGAUGUGAUUGGCAAACAUCCGAAGGUCCAAGUCAAAUCACUGGAUUUAGGUCGGUGGGACUUGUCCGCCUAUGCGAUUUAUGAAGGAGAUAUCUUAUCCAAAUACGUUGUCGUCAACUUGGAUGAGUGGAAUUCCACAACGCCAUACCCCCGACCUGUGCAAAACAUUGCCCUUUCCUUGUCACGGGAUGUGAAGAGGGCUGAGGUCAAACGGCUUACUGGACCAGGGGCAGAAGCGGUGACCUCCAUCUCCUUGGGUGGCCUCAGUUGGAACUAUACCGACGGCAGACUUGGAGAAUUUGGCCAGCCCCAAGUCCAGAUUUUUCAUGAACAUGAUGGGAAUGUGAAGUUCUCCUUGCAGUCAACGGAAGCAGCCAUUAUUGAGCUUCACAGGGCUUGA